UUUUUCUCUCUCUCUUCCCUCCUCCCUCCGGGCAUGGAGUGGCGCUUCAGGUUGCAGAGAGCAGCGAGAAGGAAGUGAAAUCUGCGGCGGCGGCGACGGACGGACGGACGGACGGACGGACCGCGGAGUCUUCUCCGAUGAGAACGCCGUUCGGGCUCCUCCUCCUCUCCCGCCUGCGCCUGCGCCACCCCCGCUGCUCCCCUCACCUCUCCCUCUCCCUCCUCGCCGGCGGCGGCGGCGGCGGCGGUGUCGGCCGCCGGAGCUCCGACGACGACGCCUCCCGCAUCCCGUCGCCCCCGGGCUCCUUCCCGAGCCCCGAUCACUCGUCGGCGCGAUCUUCGCUCCCUCUAUUCGAUCACGGUCUUGGCUCUCGCCCCUCCGGGCGCUUGGGCUUGACCGGUUCGCUCGCGCAGUGCGGUGGCCGCCAUCAUUAUCAUCACCUCCACCAGUGCUGGACUUACCGCAACUUUUUCACGAGAGCCAAGCAAAAGCAUUUGAAGCCGAUAAGUAUUAGCGACGAACACAGUCAACGAGCAGUGACAACUGCAUUAUGGUGUAACUUCCUUGUCUUCUCACUGAAGUUUGGAGUCUGGUUAGCAACCUCAAGUCAUGUUAUGAUGGCUGAAGUUGUUCAUUCAGUUGCAGAUUUUGCCAAUCAGGUGCUGCUUGCUUAUGGUCUUUCUAGCUCAAGGCGCGCACCCGAUGCUUUGCAUCCUUACGGGUAUUCCAAAGAAAGAUUUGUUUGGGCUCUGAUAUCUGCUGUUGGCAUUUUUUGUCUUGGUUCUGGUGCUACGAUUGUUAAUGGAAUUCAAAACUUGUGGGUUGCACACCCUCCGGAAAAUAUCCAAUAUGCAGCUUUAGUGAUCGGAGGCUCAUUCAUGAUUGAAGGCGCUUCUCUCAUUGUUGCCGUACAAGCUGUCAAGAAAGGUGCAGCUGCAGAGGGCAUGAAGGUGAGGGAUUAUAUCUGGCGUGGUCAUGAUCCCACAUCUGUGGCAGUUAUGACAGAGGAUGGAGCUGCAGUAACAGGACUUCUCAUCGCUGGUGCAUCAUUGGUUGCUGUAAACACCACAGGGAAUCCAAUCUAUGAUCCCAUCGGAUCUAUUAUAGUUGGCAAUCUACUUGGGAUGGUGGCAAUAUUUCUCAUCCAGAGAAAUCGACAUGCCCUAAUUGGUAGAGCAAUGGACCAACAUGAUAUGGAAAAGGUUCUUCGAUUUUUGAAAAAUGACCCGGCUGUUGAUGCUCUGUAUGAUUGCAAAAGUGAGGUGAUUGGACCUGGGUUCUUCAGAUUUAAGGCAGAAAUAGAUUUUAACGGGGUAGUGGUGGUACAAAAUUAUCUGGAGAGGACCGGGCGUGAGGAGUGGGCAAGACAGUUCCGUGAGACUGCAAAACAGAAGGGUGAUAGCGCACUGCUUGAGGUCAUGUCACGCUACGGUGAGGAAGUGGUUACAGCUCUGGGGAGUGAAGUAGAUAGGUUAGAAAAGGAAAUACAAGAGCUUGUUCCGGGUAUUCGGCAUGUCGAUAUUGAAGCCCACAACCCAAUCGACCAAUCUCCAUGAUCAUUCAUGUGCAUUUAAAGCAGAUCUGACCAUUUUUCCCCGUGAAUGUGGCUCAAUUUUUGUCCACAGGAAAGAUCGAUUUUGGGGCUUAAUGCAGGCUCGAGUAUUUUUGGCUGGGACUUGUAGGCUCCAGUUUGAUCGCAAGGGGUCGACAUCUUUCAAAGCACAGGAAGCCUUAUUGUAUUAUAGUCCAUGAUUAUUGAUGUAUAGUAGGAAGAGUGAUUGGAUAGGAGAAACGAAAUCAUUAAUAA